AUGGUGACUACUAGUCGUACUCGAGGUGGUAUGACUCGUCAAACUACAAGAUCUAUAAAUCAAUCUGAUGAUCACGAAGAUGAUAUUUACGAAGACUAUGAUUACGAAGAUCACAUAGACGUUGAUCAAGAUAAAGAUGUUCAGGAAUCUUUCGAUGAAACUUGUAAUCGGGGUUCUCCUAUUAAAAUUCGUGAUCAAGAUUCAUCUGUUAAAAUCCCUGUUACAAUUCGUCAAACUAUAAAUCAAAGAAUUUUACCUGCUGUAAAUGCAAAUCAAGUAACCAAUACUACACAAGAAAAUACUCGAGGUUCUUUAAGUUUUCCUGUUACAACCUAUAGUAGAAAUCAAAGUGUAAAUAAAGAAUCUUCUUCCAAACAUCAUGAUAAAAGAUCUUAUAUUGAUGAUCUCGAAAAAACUGAUAAUUCAAAUGAUUUUAUAGAUGAUUGCUCUGAUAUCCAUCAAGAUUCUAGUAAUUCUGUAAAGCAAAAAUUUAUUUUACACUACAAACCUUUAGAACAAAAAGAGUUACUAAGCGAGAUCCAACCAGAUUUAAACAAGCAAAUUGUUCAAAAAGAUAGUUUAAUUAAUUGUGCAACACUGGAUAUGUUGAUGAUUCUAGUCAAUGAAGCAAAAAUUUUAUUUUUGAAAUCACGUGAUCCUUCAACUGUUGCGUACGAUACAUUGUUGAAAUCAAUAGCUCUAGGAUUUUCUAAAAAUAGUAAUACAAUGUUCUUUCUUAAAAUGAAAUUAGGUUUAUAUUUUGCAGAUUACCAGUCCCGUUUAAACACUGAAGCCAGGGCCUAUGCUAAAGAUUACAUUAAUAAUAACGCACUAAACGAGAUCAAGACGCUUAAUUACAUAACCUGCGAACUUCAUCUUCCUCAUAAUAAUUCUACAAAUUAUGCAAAUGAAAUUG